AUGGGAGCAAUUUUUCAUGUGCGAACUGCACUUAACCGUGUAUGGAAACGAAGAAUCGUGAAAGUUGGAGUCGUUCUGUUCCUGGUCUUUGAAUUUCUAACCUUUGUUAGAUUCGACAAGUUUACCAGUAUAAUCACCAACAGCAGAAAAACGGCAGCCACAAGCAAAAAUCCGACUGAUUCGUAUAACCUCACACUGAUAGAAGAAUCUUCCAAAGCACUCAAAAUGUCAGGUUUCUUAAACUUGCAUUUGUGGUCAGACACUUGUGCUAAAAACUUAGACAUUUUGUGUAAUUUUCCUAUGUUUCCAAGAGCGCCAGAUAACAGACUUGCUCUGAAUAAAACUGUUAUUGCGAGAAAUUUGAAACAAGCGAAGGCAAUAAGAUUGUUUGGAUUUAUAGACCCGAUCGAAUCUGGCGUGUUUUUUUUCAUGGUUAAAUUUUGCAUUGCCGAAGUUUAUCUUAGCUACAACAAGAACUGGAAAGAAGCAAGACAGAUCUUAUCCUUAGACGUUGGAAAAUUUCCUGAAAACAUGUCAGACUCUCAAGUUUCUUCAGCAAUUGAUCUGGUAGCUGGAGAGAAAUAUUUCAUCGACAUAGUCGCCAUUUGUGUUUACAGAAUUAACAAGUUACAACUUUUGUGGAAAACUCCAAGUAGCUCUGGUUUUGAAAUCCUAAACUCAACGUUUUUAUCAACAAAAAUGGAUGACAACAGCUUAAGUAAUCUCAGUUUCUACGACGAAGAUAUACCAGAUUCUCAAGCCUGUGCCCUGAGAAAGAAUGACACCACUUAUUUUAAAUCACGCCGUGAAAUAAGCUACUUAUCACACGAGGAAGUGAAAAAUGUAUUACCAAAUUGUGAGUAUAAACCAAGUUACAUUUUGAAUCGCAGAGUAAGCAAAUAUGAAGCAGUAUUUCGUCAUGUGGUUCACUCAUUUAUCUUCCCGUUUCCUGAACAUCACCAAGUCAGCAAUAAAUCCAACCGGAUUUAUCCACUUGGAGAAAGCGAGGCCAGGGAAGUUGUUAACAUCUUAAUGGAGGCUCUCCGUAAUAAAUCACCAAGGUAGGAAAAUUGCAAAAUGAAUAUAACAAAAAUGUAUACACUUUGUCUAAAUAUGAAGUCACGUACUUAUCAUAAAUUAGAACCUGACAUAAGCAAAUAGAAGAAAAUAAAACUAAACCAAAGGUUGUCUAAGAUGUUGAAUACAAUUUUUGGUGUGAGCCCCAGUUAAAAACGGUAAUGACGAGAAUGAUUUUAAUAUUAUUAAUGCUAAUGUAACAGUGAUAAUAACAACAAUAAUUGUAAUAAUGACAAUAUGAUAAUAGCAACUGACGAUAUUGAUAGGGUUCGUAUAUCAUGAAUAAAGGGGGCAAGUUUCUAAAGAAACUGUGGUGCUGCGUCGGUGAGAGAGUAUAGCAGGUAAAACUUGCUUUUCUUAACAAAUUUAUCGACAGUCAGCAUUGCAAACGGCUGAGAAGGAAAACACUGACCGCAUCCCAUUCACUCUCACAUCUCACCCCCACAACCACGCAGUUAAAUCUAUCAUUCUUAAAAAACUAAACUGCUCCAAAACGAUUCAGAGAUUGGCACUAUCUUUUCAAAACCCCCACUAAUUGAAACGUGACAAAAACAUAGGCAACUUUUUUUUCAGAAGUUCAUUUCAAACCAAUGGCCAAUCUGGAACGUGCGCUCGCUCACGAUACAAAACUUGUCCUUCAUUCAUAACAUAGAGAAAAUAUCGGGACCCAAGAGAUCCAUUAAGAUCACUGAUCACUUUACCUGUACCUCCGCCAAUGUCAUUUACUGCAUAACUUGCAUUUAUUGCAAUAAGUUAUACAUUGAUGAAGCAGGAAGACGAGUAGGUGACCGAUUCCGAGAACACCUUUGCGACGUAGAAAGAAAUGACAAGGACGCAUCCAAACCAGUCGCUAAACACUUUAAUCUCUCCAAUCAUUCUAAACUACAUAUGGCAGUUUGCGGCCUUUUCUUACAUCUUGGCAGUUCGGGGAAGCCGCAAAACACCAGAACAAAACUUUCUCCUACAAAUCGGCACUCUUAAUCCCCACAUUAUCAAUGAGCGCUUUUCAUUCAACUUAUUCAUUCUUGUUUUCUCGUCACCAUAUUCCCACCAAUGGCGUAGUUUCACUUUCUGCCUAUAAACCCACACACAACCCACAAUUCCUCCAAUCGCUCUAACGAAGGGCUAACGCUCGAAACGUCAGCCUUCUAGCUCUUUACGGUGGCCAAUUUACGUUUUCAACUCAGUUUUUAACACUAAAUUAUCCGUAUAUCAUGACCGAUAGCCAAACAUUUUCCCGUCUGGCUCUCCCGCUCAAUCAAUUAUUCCAUGAGCGUUCGCUGGAUACGCGUUGAGUAGGCUAUAACCAAUCUCGUAUCCAGGAAGUGCGGAUGAAAUCAUUGUUUUAUGAAACUUCAUUAAAUCCUGACGUUUGGAUAUCAGGAACUCUGCAACAAGCGGCAUAAUACAUUUCCAUGUAAGGUGACUUGGGAUAUGAGCAGAUAACCGGAGUUUAGUGAGCCAAUCAUAAUACUAGAAAUGCACCAUUCGCAGUUCAAAAUUUAAUGAAUACAUAUCAUUUAAAAUUGUACAUAUAUUCAUACUUACAUACACCUGUACAUAAAUAUGUAAAUCAUCAGGUCAAUAAAGGCCGAAGACAUGAUUUUACAGUAUUUUAUAAAUACUGAAAUACUGGCAAACUCUCUAGUUUUAUCUUAUGCACCAGACUGCUGUCUUAUUUUAGAAGCUUAAAAUGUGUAUAUUCUUAUGAAACUGGUUAAUUGUUUCUUUGAUAGGAGGUUUGAAUUGAACGAAAUAAGAAAUGUGGAAAGAAAGACAGAUUCAAAAAGAGGCGACCGAUAUCUGAUCGAAGUUGAAUUACUGGACGUGACAAGUGGCAACAAUGUGAUGUUAUCUGAAUAUGUGUUCAUGUUCAACGGAGAAAAGAAACUCUGUUAUCCAACGGGAUUUCAAUGGAACAGAACGGUCGACGUAUAUCUGAUGGUAACUGCUAAAAAUCUUGGAAGAUGGCUUCAUCAUUUUAUUAAAAACGUCGAGAAGAUCAUACAUGAAACGAACGAUCAAAAUCUUCAUGUUGUGAUUUAUGAUUACAACAGCUCUGACAUCAACUUGGAAAAGGUUUUAAAGGAAAGUUCGUUGACAAAAUACAUGUUCAGAAGAGAGAGUGGGAAAUAUUCGCGGACGCAUUCCUUUACUGAGGCAAUAAACCUUAUAUCAAACCCACACAGUAUUAUUAUCAUGGUUGAUCUUCAUCUUGAUAUUGCAGCGCCAUUUAUCAACAGCGUCCGAAAAGUAAGUUAAGUUCAUAAUUUGAAAUUGAUUUAGCUAGCUUGAAGGAACAAGUACGCACCAGAAACCCUUCUUAUUUUUUCUUGGCCAUUAAAAUUCGAUUUAAAAACUUACUUCUUACCUCGACUCGAGAUUCAAAGAGAAACGUAACCACUUGAUAGUUGUCUUAAAUGAGCUAAAGAUUCAACGGAUGAACGUGGAAAACUGUAAGUAGUCCUGGCUUCAUAAAUUCAACAUUUUUAUUCCCAAACGUGGAUGACAGCAGCUCAUUUAAUUUGAAUUUUUACCAUGAACUUAUAUACCAGAUUCUGAAGCCUGUGCUCCGAGAAGGAAUGAAACAAUAUAUUUUAAAUCACCUAGUUAAAUGACAGGUGUAAUUUGUAGUCUUUAAAUAAUUUACAAGUGCCUAUUACAUCAAUUUGCAAGAGAAGUCAUGUCAUUACUUGUUAAUAAUGUACAUGAAUAAACAUAGGAAAAAGCAAAGACAGACGAAAUUUUGAAAGCGUGCUCGCGCUAUUUGUAAUUUGCACUCGUGUUACAACUUUGCACUCGUGUUAUAUAAGAAUGCACUCGUUUUCAGCCAAUCAAAAGCACGUAAUUUUUCAUGUACAUUAUUUCGGGAAAUGAUAAGAAAAAAGUAGUAAACUGGCCUGAAAUACCAAGAGGGUGUGAAUAACAUUGCGCGGUCGUUGUCUUUUCUCAUGUAUUUUGUUUGACAGAGGAGAUGAAAUUGAGGGUUUCUGGAUUUAACUCUUUCAGCCUUAAGAGGAGUCUGGCCUCUUAUUUCUCCUAAAAGAAUCAGCCUUGAAUCAAAUGAAAAGGUCAUGGAAACAAAGGAAAUGACUAUCAAUUGGAGAAACUCCUGAUUGUCAAAAUAAAAUCUCCCCGUCAGUAUCGUAGGAAAUGUAAAGAGAACAGUGUGGAGUAUAUGAAUGUUAAUAUUAGGAUGAAAAGGGUUAAGUGAGAUUUUGCUAUAUAGCGAAAACUACGAACAAAGCAAGUGGAAAAAUCUUUAGCUUUAUCUUGAAGUAUUUCCCCAUUUAAUAUUGUAUUUUUUCAGCAUUGUAUCGAAGGUCGAAUGGUUUUCACGCCAAUCAUUGUUAAAAUGCGCUGUGGUGCUAAUCCGGCAAACUUAGUUGGACUAUGGCAAGUGCUUGGUUACGGGAUAAUUGGACUCUACAAGUCGGACUGGGACCGAGCCGGGGGAUUUGGGAUCAAUAAAACGACCUGGGGAGGAGAAGACUAUGCACUAAUGGACCAGCUUGUCAGCGUAGGACUGGAGUUUGAACGCAUGCGCACUCCGUAUAUUCAUCACUAUUACCACACGAAGAAGGGAAUGUGGUGA